ACUGAAACUGCUGCUCGAAAGCUUAUAGCCAAUUCACAUUACAGUAUUUUUGACAACGUGAUGCAGUGUGAAUUGGUGUUCCACUUUUUCACCGUCUUCCCAUCGUUCCCCCAAAAAUACUGUGAUGUGAAUGGCUAAAAUGUGAAUAGGCUAUUAGAAUAUUAAAUACCACAGAGGAAUUGGUUUGGCGGCUGAAAGUUAGAAAAUCUUUUAGUUUAAUUAUAUAUUUUAGGCAGUAAUACUUAUUUGCCACUAAUGAAUUGAUCUCAGGAGCCAAGCGCCAUAACUGAAAAAAAAAUCCGGCUGAAAUUGUAUUGAAAUUGUCAGUUUGUGUGACGACAGCUCCCGAAAAGCAGAUUUAUAAAAAAGAAUUAGAAUCGAAUCGAGUUGCUCGCGCAGACAGACAGACAAUUCGCAGAAUUCUUGGACUCUUCUUAAGCAAUCCAAACGCAGAAGACACCAAACCGAUCCAAAAAACAAAACAACAAACCGACAAGUGCGAAAAAUCACGAAAAAAGGCAUUUCCCAAAUGGCACCAAAAAAAGGAAAAAAGCACGCCACCAAAACAGGCGGUCAUCGUCAGCUGCAGGCGGGGGGCGUGGCCUGGAAUACGCCCAUGGCGCUGGACGCCGCCACCGGAGCGGGCCGCAAACGGAAGACCGCCAUUGCGGGCAACAUCGUCGAUCCCAACGACGCCGAGAAUAUGCAGAGGCGCUCCAAACGCAAGGCCGACUAUAGUCCCAUCCAAAAAUUCAAAGUCAAGCGCUCCGCGCUGGGUAACCUGACCAAAAAUACUAACAACAUGUCACUGCAUCCCGGCCUGGAUGAGCAGCAAUCGAAGCAGCCGUCGGAUCAACAGUCGGAGCAGCCGGCCAAGAAACCCAAGGCUAUGGAACAGGAUGCUAAGCUGAAAGCUAAGAAACGGAAGAAUGCCUUUGUCGCCGCCAACAAGGGGACCACAGGCGCCUCCAGCAAGGUGGAGCAUUCGGUGGAGCUUUCGGUGGAGCAUGGCCACAAGGUGGGCAAGGUGGACAAGCUGGAGGAGGCCCAGGCCAGGCCCAAGCGGCUUCCCAAGGCAGUGCCCGCCGCCAAGAAGUCGGCUGUGGGCGAGCAGCUGCCAUCCAUGCCAUCCAUACCAUCCAUGCCAUCCAAUCCGGCGGUGCCACCGAACGUGGAGGACUUUGACCGCAAGCACUGGGACGAUCCGUUGCAGGUUUCGACCUACGCAAUGGACAUAUUUGAGUACCUGAAGGGGCGCGAACCGGUGUUCCCCAUUGUCGACUAUAUGCCGCGACAGAUCCACCUGACCGCCGGGAUACGCGCCAUACUGGUUGACUGGAUGGUGGUCGUGCAGCAGAGCUUCGGGUUCAACGCCGAGACUAUGUAUCUGGCAAUGAAGAUCGUCGAUCUGUAUCUGAGCCGCAAAGUGAUCAAGAGGGAUCAGAUUCUGCUCCUGGGCGUGGUUGCCUACCUCAUUGCCUGCAAAUAUGACGAGUGGCAGCCGCCGCCGUUGAUCCGCGACUUUCUGUACUUAAGCAAUGCGUCCUAUAACUACAACCAGGUGGUGCACAUGGAGCUCGAGACGCUACGCACUAUCGAGUUCGAACUGGGCGUACCGCUCGCCUGCCGCUUCCUGCGCCGCUACGCCCGCUGCGCCGAGGUGCCAGUGCCCACAUUGACCCUGGCGAACUACAUUCUGGAGAUGGCGCUAAUGGACUAUGCCACCGUUGCCUUCCGCGACUCGCAGAUGGCCUGCGCCGUCCUCUUCAUGGCCCUGCGCAUGAGCGGCGGCUCCGGGCAGCUGGGCCCGGCCACGAACACCUGGAGCCCCACACUCGUCCACUACAGCGGCUACCAGCUGACCGAGUUCGUCAAAAUUGUUCGCGUGCUGAAUGCCGGACUGCACCGCAACCAGCCGCCCAACAUCAAGACGAUCCGGGAGAAGUACUCGCUCGAGAAAUUCCACGAGGUGGCCAUGGUGCCGCUGCUAACGGACCUGCAGCUCUUUCAAUAGCCUCAACGUUUGGCCAAUGUUCCUCACCAGUUGUAUUCAUUCAGUAACAUAAUAAUCGCUAGCACACCGACAUCCCUAACCAAACGAUUCAUGUUCUAACAUGCACGCUAUUUUUAAGAGUUGCCAGCAUUGAACAAACCCAACUCUUUAAUCUACAUAUGUAGAUAAAUAUAUACAUAUGUAGAUAUGGCAAGCUUUUUAUCACUAUGAUUUUAACAAUACCUUAUGUUAUAUGCAACUGCUGCGGAAAAGCAUUCUUAGAGGCUUGGAAUAUGAAGUACCACAGUGUUAUUGGCAUAAAAAUGACAUGUUAGAAAAAUCUAUACAUAUACAUAUAUAUGAAUGUAUAUUUUAAACAUCAAAUUAAAUCCAAUAGUCCUAAAUAGUGCUGAAAAGUAUUUUGUUCGUUAUCACAUCAGGUAUGCAAAUAAUAAUGCUGACUAAAAGCAUUCCUACCGCAGUGUUAUUGACUUACAAAAUACAAGUUUCAACAUAAAUUAGUCUAAUAAAAUUAUUAAAUAUUGAAAGAGCAAUAUUUUUGUAAGCAACAAAUAGGGGAUAAGUAAUUAUUUCUACAAAUAUUUGUAAAAAGUGGGGAAAACACUUUAACUAGGUAUAGUAUUAAAAUUUCAAACCAGGAACCCAGAUUAAAAUUAUGCUUGAGAC